AGGUCAAGUGUCUAUAGAGCCAAUAGCACUAAAUUGCAGUACUCAAGUCGUCGCUUAGUUGGACAAAAAUGGCCGGCCUCCUUUGACCCGUCGGCCCUCUCUCUUUUCCUCUCUUUUCUUCUCCAAUCCCAUCCAAACGUUUUUUUCUGCAAAAAUCCAUCUCCAUUCACACACCUUUUACAAUUUUCCCAGAAAAAAUUUUUGGGCAAGUAUUUUUAUAUAAAUCGUAUGUUGCACUUGUUUUUUUGUUGACCGGGAAAGUCUUUGUCUUUGUGGAAAAAAAUCCAUCUCCAUUCACACACCUUUUUACAAUUUUCCCAGAAAAAAAUUAUUGGGCAAGUAUUUUUAUAUAAAUCGCUUGUUUGUUUGUUGACCGGGAAAGUCUGUCUUUGUGGAAAAAGAAGGAAGCUUUGCUUUGGAUUCAAGAACUCUUCUCCGGGAUCUUUGAUUCAUCUGUGUUUUCUGCAAGGGAAUUAUCUCAGAUCAUUGUCAGAGCAAUUUAUAUAGCUACAGAGUGCUCUUGCUGAGAUUGAAAAAAAAGGAUUAGUGCCACAACAAUUUAUAUAAGCUACAAAGUGCCUUUGCUGAAAUUGAAAAGAAAAAAAAGAGGGUGAGCUGACAAGGUUUGAGGAACGUGGCAUUAUUUAACAUCAAGUUAGUUUUGUUUGCGUUGCAGGAUUCUCUACACAAAAGUUUCAGGUGCAAGGUUCAGAUUCUCUAUCUUCUCUCCGUAAUCAAAUACUUCCUUCGAUCGCUUCAUUCUCUUAUCUUUCUAUGAGAUAGAGAGAUGGAGGUGAUUGGGACUUCUUCAUCUUCUGGUGCUGCUGAUUCUGUUGCUGCUGUUGAUGAUGUUAAUAUCCCCCCUUUUCCGGAAAAGUAUGAUGUGUUUAUUAGUUUCAGAGGUGAGGACACCCGCCCUGCUUUUACCAGCCAUCUUCAUGAUGCCUUACUUCGCAAGAAAAUCGAAACCUACAUAGACGACAGGCUGGAGAGAGGAGACGAAAUUGGACCCGCCCUACUAGAAGCAAUAGAGAAAUCAAGGCUUUCGGUGAUCAUUUUCUCCAAAAACUAUGCGUCUUCCAGAUGGUGCUUGUUUGAACUUGUGCAUAUACUCGAAUGCAGAAAGAAAUAUGGCCGGAUGGUUGUACCCAUUUUUUACCGCACCAAUCCAUCAGAUGUGCGAAACCAAAAGCGAAGUUAUGCAGAUGCAUUUGCUCAACAUGAAAAUCGUGAGGACACCAGGGAUAAGGUGAUCGGUUGGAAAGCUGCUUUGGUGGAAGCAGCCGGUUUAUCUGGGUUUCAUUAUUCAUACAAAAAAGGGACGGAGGCUGAUUUCAUUAAGGAAGUAGUGGAAGAUAUUUUAACGAAAUUGAAACGUGAAACAUCAUAUGAUUUAAUGGGCAUGGUUGGAAUUGAAAGCCGCAUCGAGCAAGUUGAAUCGUUAUUAAGCAUUAAUGAUUGGCAAUGUGUUCGUACUGUAGGCAUUUGGGGUAUGGGUGGCAUUGGAAAGACCACCAUUGCUAGGGCUGUGUUCAAGAAACUCUCUUCUAACUUCGAAGCUUCUUGUCUUCUUAAUAACGUUAGGGAGAAAUCAGAGCAAAUAGAUGGAGCCGAUCAAUUGCAAAAUCAAUUGCAAAAGACACUUCUUAGAGAGAUCUUAAAGGAAGAAAAUCUCUCUACAGAUUCGACUUUUGAUCGAGAAGGGCUCAGACGUACAAGGGUUCUCAUUGUUCUUGAUGAUGUUAGUGACUCAAGGCAAAUCAAAGAUCUAGCUGGAGAUAAUCUUUGCUACGGGAAUGGAAGUAGAAUCAUCGUAACAAGUAGAGAACAGAGCGUACUCGUGAAAGCUGUUGGUGAUGAAAAAUAUAUAUAUGAGGUUAAGAAAAUAAAUACUGAUGACGCUCUUCAGCUCUUUCAAUUUCAUGCUUUCAAGGAUAACUCUCCUAGAGAAGAAUAUAGAAAGUUGUCGGCAAGGGUGGUAAAAUAUGCUGGAGGCAUUCCACUGGCUCUUGAAGUUUUGGGUUCCUUAUUGUUUCCAUGUAAGAGCAAAGAGGAGUGGGAAAAUGCAUUGAGCGCACUGAGAGAUUAUCCCAAUGAAGAAAUUCAAAAUACGUUCAGAAUAAGCUAUAAUAGAUUGGGAAGAAAUGCGCAGGAGGUAUUUCUUGAUAUAGCGUGCUUUUAUAAAGGGAAGCGUAUUGAGGAUGUAAAAAAGAUGGUAGACUUUGGUGGUUCAUGUGCGGCAGAUGGAAUUAGAGUUCUCCGUGAUAGGUCUCUCAUAUCGAUUGAUUCGAAACGGGAAACCAUAGAUAUGCAUGAUUUGGUACAAGAAAUGGGUUGGGAAAUUGUUCGCAAACAAUGUGUUGAAGAGCCCGGAAGACGCAGUAGGCUAUUCAUUGAGGAGGAUGUUUAUCAUGUGUUGAAAAAUAACACGGGAACUGAAAAUGUUCAAGCCAUAUUCUUUAAAGGAGGGCAAAUCUUGGAUCGUGCAGACUUCAAAAGGAUGUAUAAUAUGAGAUUGCUCGGUGUUGGUUCUUGGGAGUGGGAUUGGGGGUGGGGGGGCAAAAUAUUCAACAGUAAAACACUCUUUCUUCUUCCCAAUUCUCUUCGUUAUCUUUUCUGGAUGGCAUAUCCUUUGAAAUCUUUGCCCCCAGAAUUUUCUCUUGAAAAUCUUGUUGAGCUUCAUAUGCCCAGAAGCAGUGUCACGAAACUUUGGGAUGGAGGCCAGAAUCCUAUCAACUUAAAAGUGCUCAAUCUUCGUUCCUCCCGGUGUCUGACUGCACUUCCAAACCUCUCGGGGAGUCCAAAUAUCGAGAACAUGGAUCUUUAUCGUUGUGAACGUUUGGUUGAAAUUCCUCAGUAUUUUAAAAAUCUUGACAAACUUACUUAUCUUGAUCUUUCAUGGUGCAAGCUUCUCGAGUAUCUUCCAGAGAUGCCACGCAAUAUUGAAUCCUUAACAUUACGAGGCAGUGGCAUAAAGGAGUUGCCGUCAUCAGUUUGGUCUCAUGCAAAUAUUUCUUCCUUGGAUAUUACAUGUUGUGAAGAACUUAAGGAACUUCCAGGCAACACUUGCAAGCUGAAAGUCUCUGGUGCUUUUAGUCUAAAUCGCUGCACCUCUCUUAAAAAGUUUAGGGAGCUUCCCAGGGGUAUUGGUGAAUUAAAUUUGUCUCACACAAGAAUAAAAGUAUUGCCCACACUAUCAAUGGAGAGUCUCUUUUGUCUCACCAAACUUGAACUGAGGAAUUGCAUUAAUAUUGCGAGUCUCCAACCGAGCAUUUGUAAGUUGAAAUCUCUUGAGGAACUUGAUCUCUCUCGUUGCUCUGCACUUAGAGUUGUCCCAAGUAGCAUCUACGAAUUAACAAAUAUCAAAACGCUCAGCUUUAGUUGCUGUCGGAAACUUCGAAAUUUUCCUCAGCCGACUGCAGGCUCAGUUGGUUUUCUCUCUCUUGAAGUACUAAACCUCCAUGGCAGCGGUAUAUUAGAAAUCCCUGAGGGCGUCAUUUGCUCAACCUCAUUACGGGUUCUUAAUCUGGACGAAACCGAAAUUCGGAGCAUACCCUCAAGCAUUAAACAAGUUUCUCAGCUGUCUAGGCUGUGCUUAUACGGGUGCGAGAGCCUUCGAUCUUUACCAGAGCUCCCAAUGGUACGUCGUCUUCAUGCAGAUGGCUGCAAGUCACUGAAGACAGUGUCGAGUUCAAGGACUGCAAUUACACGAUGUUGGAAUAGAUAUGAAUUGCUACAAGAGGUACAUACUUUUUAUGAUUGUCCAAGCUUGGGUUAUGAUGCAAGGAGCAGCAUAAUGGUUGAUUCACAGCUUAGAAUCAUGCGAGUGGCAACUGCUUCUUCAAAGCUAAAAGAAGAGAAAGAAGAUUACGUAUGUUUCUCAACUGCGUCUUCAAAUUUAAAAGAAGAAGAGGAAGACUGCCGCGAAGAGGAACAUUGCGAUUGUUCCUAUUCCUACGCGAAAGGUUACGUACGUUACAAAAAGUACUCUGGGCCCUUAGUUACCAUUGUAUGUCCGGGAGAUGAAAUUCCAAAUUGGUUCGUACAUCAAAUUGAGGGGCCUUCAAUAAAUGUCAGGCUUCCUGCAAAUUGGUUUCGUGAAGGUUUCUUGGGUUUCGCUCUCUCUUUUGUUGCAUCCAAAUUCUAUUAUCCACGUGUGCAGUUUGAAUGCAAGUACAAUUUCAAAACUGGAGAGGGGGAAAGUCAUGAAAUCAAUUGUUAUUUCACUACAGAAUUUGGCUAUUGUUCAACUGAUUGCAUAUAUACACAGCAUGUGUUCGUUUUGUAUAAAGACCUUGAAUAUGAAGAGGGAACAAAAUGGUCCUCUGCUUUUUACGACCGCGUCACUGAGGUCUCUGUGGAAUUGCUUAUGAACGUGGUGGAAAAGUGUGGGAUGUGCCUAUUGUAUGCCGAAGAUGCUGAGAAAUUAAAAUGUGAUGUCAUGUUGCAACAAGAACAAGAUGAGCAUGCAGCAAGUGGGAGUGGUGAUCCUGAAGCCAGUGGAAGAAAUGAAUCUGAGGAAGCAAGUGGAAGCGAUGACUCUGAGGGAGAAAGUGGGAGUGGUGAUCCUGAAGCCAGUGGAAGCAAUGAAUCUGCGGAAGCAAGUGGAAGCGAUGACUAUGAGGGAGAAAGUAAGUGACGAGGAAGCAAAAGAAGACGACUAGUCUGAGGAAAGCAAGUGGAAGAGAUGAGUCUGAGCAAGCAAGUGGAAGUGACGAGCCAGAUGCAAGUCUAAGUGAUUAGUCUGUUGUUGGUUUAGGGCUCUCCUAAACUUCAAUGUAAAAAAUAAUUUAAAGAUAAAAAAUUGAGUAGUUCAUUCAGUAUUCAACCACAAUUCUAUGUUAAACGUGAGAAAUAUAUUAAAAUUGUCUACAUCUAUCGCAAAAUCUAUUUACAUCCUAAUUAAGGGAGGAGUAA